UCCUCACCGCUUUGUGUGAAAGGGACAGCGUUGCCUUUCUAACUUUGACCUCUUUUUAAACUCUGACCUGAAUCUCUCUCACUGCCAUUGAAGCCUGGCGCCGGCUGCACAGAAAACAGCUAGCUGACCACUCUUUCCAUUACAGCAUAUUAAAGAGAGCUCCUUCCUCCCCCACCCUCCGCUCGCCCCCAGGUGUUCUCUUUUCUAGACUGAGUGGACCCAUCAUCUUCGCUCCUUCUUCUUCAUGCAGGAGUUUGGUGUGUUCACCCCAUCAGUUAUUUUCUUCUAGGCUUUUUCACCCCUUGGGAGGGGCAGCCAUCCCCUCACCUCCCUCACCCACUUGCUGCCUGCCUGCUUGCACAGCUCCGCGCUGCUGCCAACGCUUUGCUUUGAGAUGGCUCUGUAACCCCCAGACUUUUCCCUGCUGUUCUGCUGCCUAGCUGGUUAUUCCCCACUUCUUCUCUAUACACUUUGCGUUGCUUUACAUUUGCAUUUGUUCUUGCUGAGUUGCACAUUGUUGCUGUCAGACCAUUUCUCUGUAGCUGAGGUCAUGCAAACCCCCAGCUUCCAGUCCCUGUCACCUCUCUGCCCUCGCAUCAUCUGCACGCUUCAGGUAAUGGGACUGCCUUCAGCAGGGACCGAUGCAGAACCAGAUGAUUCCAUCCUUCCCCUACGCUCCUCUGAGAACUAUCCCUGCUCCGUAGGUCUGCUGGCAUGGCAGUGACCUAACACGUGUUGCAAGCUCAUUCAGCGCUGCUGAUAAUGAUUUUGCAGCUGCUGUGAUUAAGGUCAAGAAACUUAAAUGAUCCCAGAGAGAAAGUCAGGGGAUGCUAUUCACAGUGUGCGUUUAAGUCACCAACAUGAAGCAUGGGGGUCAAAAGGCUGGCUCCUAGGUAGGCUGCCAGCUGGGAUUCCUCUAUCAGCCCUGGGCUGCUAAAAAGAGCCCAGCUAAGACGUAGCUCCAGACUUUCCUUUUGAGGAUCAAAUGAGUUUUCAUAGUAAUGAUUGCCCAACUUGUGCCUGCUUUCCCAGCUUCCAGAACUACAUCCUGCCAACUACUUGUCCCUGGCUGAAUUGCUUCUCAGCUGCUGGGCUUGCUGGCUGCCAAAGGAGGGCAUUUGGCUUGUUUGCCCAAGGAUGAGGCAAGUGAGGAAGGAGUUCUCUGCAUCCUGCCUUGGGCAACAGCAGUUUGUAGAGCCUUUGAGGUAAGGCGUGAAGGAACUACUGAUGUGGUGGAUGGGAGCCCAGGUAAUCCAUGAGAUGUGAUUGAUGCCAGAGGAGUGUGGGUUUCCUCUGGACAGUGGGAAUUCAACAGUGUGCUUCCUGCAAAAGAAGCACUGUGCGGGGUUGUAGCAUUCAGAGGAAACGUAGUGAGGCAGUGAGUGAAGUGAUGGUUCAAUGGUUUGUCUGCCAGCAGCAGCUUGGCAGCCCUGAAUCUGCCCUUCUUCUCAUCAGCGAGCGACCUGCGAGUGCAAUGUUCCUGGGGACUCUGAGAAGCUCUGUGUGCUGAGCAAGCAAACUUUCUGCUCACAGGUAGGGACUGUGCACCUCCACUUGGAGAGAAGGAUGAGGGAAGGCCUCAUGGCAGCCUGCGGCUCCUUGCAGGGAGCGGAGGGCCAGAGCUGAGCACUGCUCUGUGGUGAUAGCAACAGGGCCUGAGGGAACGGCAUGGAGCAGCGUCAGGGGACGGUCAGGUGGGGGGUUAAGAAAAGGUCCUUCACCAGAGGGAGCUGGGCAUGGAACAGGUUGCCCAGGGCAGUGGGCAUGACCCCGAGCUGCUAGAGCUGAAGGGUCAUUUGCCCCGCUGCAAGCACCCACUCACCAUGCCUGGCACAGGGCACUCGUGUGGGUUUGGGGCUGUGAAAGCACAGGCUGCUGGGGCUAGGGUACAGCGCUGCACUGUGCUUUGAUAUUCCUGUGCAGAAAGCGGAAGGAAUUGAAACACUGGUGAGCGGGAACUGCGAACUGCUGCUUUCUACAGUAGUGCGUUACUGUGGGUGGGCUUGUGCUUUGCUCAAUAUCUGCCCUUCACAGCACGCGUGUGCAUCCAGUCGCUCUGAGGAUGUGUACUUCUAUCUGUGAUGGACAACCUGCUGGCACCCGGCCCCGCUCACCCAUCUGGCUCCAAUGCUGCGAAAUGACUGGGAAAGGAAUGGUCUUGUUUCUCUCCCUGCUCCCACACCAUCAUCUGCAGAGUUGCGGGUUCUGAGAAACCACAGGAGGCUGAGACCUAAAGGAAGGUGCAGAGCUCAGAGCGGAGAGGCAGAGGAAGCAGCAGAGCACAGGACAGAAGGACAGUGUGCCUCUGGGCUCGGGAGUGCUAGAGCCCAGUGAGCACCCCAAGGCGGAGGAGGAAUCAGGGGAGAAAGAGGGAAGCCAGGCACACCACAGGUGCAAAGGAAGCCGAGGAGGUCCUGGGAGCCAGAGACAGGAGCCAUGCCCCACAGCUCCGACAGCAGUGACUCCAGCAUCUCCAGCCAGCCCCCUCCUAGCAAGCAGGACUCUUCUGAUGACAUGAGGAAAGUUCAGAGGAGGGAGAAGAACCGCAUUGCUGCCCAGAAGAGCCGCCUGCGGCAGACCCAGAAAGCAGAUACACUGCACUUGGAGAGCGAAGACCUGGAGAGGCAGAACGCAGCCCUGCGCCGGGAGAUCAAGCAGUUGACAGAGGAGAUGAAGCACUUCACCUCGGUGCUGAGCUCCCACGAACCGCUCUGCUCCAUCCUGGUCGCCCCACCCCCACCCCCGGAGGUGCUUUACGCUGCACACUCCUUCCACCAGCCCCACAUCAGUUCCCCACGCUUCCAGCACUGAGCCCACUUGGGGCGGCCAGGAACCAAUUUGUGGGGCUUGCUUUUCCAUCUGGAGAGGGGCGAACGGACAGACACCCCUUCUCAAAGUGUGUACUCUGAGUGACUUUGUCCAAGACUUGUUCCCUGUGCAGAAAUGGC